CACUUAACACCUGCCAUGCAAAUGUGAUGCCACACAGACAACACUGUACAGUUAGCUUGCUCUCUUAACAGGACGCAUUUGUGUGUAAAACAUGGGGAAUAUACCAUAGCAGAUCAGGUGGAUGAACCGGCUCGACCAGAGCUCAACUGUUGAAACCGAAAUCAAACACUCGCGUCAUAUAAAACUUUUUUAUGGCAUUUAUAAAUUAAUGAAUAAUAAAAGAAGCAGAUAAGCAGGCGUAACUCUGAGAACGACAGAUGGCAAUGGUCUUACCCAAACUGAAACCUCGUCAUCAUCACUAUGUGAUUUUGCUCCUGAGCUGCACGAUCAUCUUGUGUUUGUACUUUGAAAACACGUGGAUGCUUUUGACCGACAACUAUCAUGUGUCCAAACGCGCUGCGUGCGUUAAUCGCACGUGCGCUCCGGACCGCGAACGCACGGAUUGGUUCUGCGCGCGUUACGCACCGACAGUCCAACUUUUGCUCAACAGCAGCAACAGCGCGUUGAGCGCACCCCUCUCGAGUUGGUGGAGGGGACUACAAGUUGUAAAACAUGUUGCCAACUACACAGCCUUGGUGAGGAACCUAUUCCCGCUCUUCCCAGAUCAAAAACCCUGCUCGGAUAGUCAUCCAAACCACUGCAGAACCUGUGCUGUCGUUGGGAACUCGGGAAACCUUCUGGGAUCGCGUUAUGGACCUCUCAUAGAUUCCAAAGACUGUGUCAUGAGGAUCAAUAAAGGUCCCACAGGAGGUUUCGAAGAGGAUGUGGGUUUAAAAACCACUCACCGGAUUUUCUACCCUGAGAGCGCUAUGGAUUUGGACAACUCCACCCAUCUGGUGUUUUCUCCUUUUAAGAUUUUGGACAUUGAGUGGCUCAUCAGUGUCUUUACCACUAAACACAUCACAAAAACAUAUACGGAUGUUCCAUCUACAAUAAACAUCAAUAGGGACAAGGUGAUGAUACUUCACCCAGAGUUUAUGAAAUAUGUCCACGUGAACUGGACAGAGAAUCAUGGCAGAUAUCCGUCUACUGGUUUCCUAACGGUGAUAUUCGCUCUGCACAUCUGUGACGAGGUUCAUGUUUUUGGGUUCGGAGCUACAAAAGAUGGAAAGUGGCAUCAUUAUUUUGAUCAAACAUUGACUCCAUAUGCUAAUGAAAGUCAUGCGGGAGACUUUGAAUAUAAAACAAUAAUUCGACUUCACCGGGAAAAGAAGCUUUUAAUGUACAAGGGUUGGACAUGAAGGAAGUCGCAUUUCAGAGAUGUUCCUGGAAGAACAAUGUCAUUGUUGUACAAUACCAAAUUGCAAUAUUGCAGUUUGAGGUAGCAGACCAUUUUAACUGAAUGUUUCCUCUCAAAAAAAUCCUUUCGGUCUGAUGAGAGUGACAUGAAGACAAAAACAUUGACUUCUUCUCAUGGGCUUUUAUGAAUGCUGUCGGAUAUUGGCAGAUGAUGCUCAGAGUGUAAUUGUAAUGUAAGUCACUCAACGCUGAAAGUGUAUAUUAUUGAGGAACAUGAUGGACGGUUGGAGUGACCAAUCAGAAUAAAGUAUUCCAGAGAGCCAGAGUUUACAAAAGUUUCAUUAUAUGCACCCCCCAAAGAAAA